AUGGCAGCUGCACAGACAUACAGUCUAUCUUCUAACACUGGGAGCCACCCCGGAUUCCAAUCUUUCACCCCUGACUCUGUCUCUUAUAAAUGUGACAUGGGCAGCGUGAGCAGUCUUAUUGAGAAGCACGACUUGUCGCCUGAUGACUUCAAGUUAGAUUUCCGACCGAUUCCAAAUUCCCACGGCCCAGGAAACUUCCUGAAAAAAGGGCUGCAGCAGCGAGAGUUUCUGAGCUAUCUGCAUAUUACUAAGAAGGAUGGGAAAAGCUCAAAGAAGUUCCCCACAGGGCUGGGGUUCAGAAGGGAGCAUAGUGUGGAGGGUGGGGAGAAUGAAUUCCCCGUCUUGUACCAUAAAGAUCGCAGAGGAACAGAUUUUAGUAAGACCUCACUCCCCGAAAGAGGACACUUUGAAAAGGUCAGUACCUUUUGUUUUAAAACCACAAUGGUGAACCAGGUGAUCUGGUUAUUGCAUUAUCGUUUACAAUGCUAUUGCACCAACAUACUUGAAUCCACUGCACAAGUGAAAUUACCAUCAGCCUACUCUUAUCAUAUGAUUGAUGGCAGUGUGUUCUUCAACACACACGCGUGCGCACACACACAUUCAUUAAAUGAUCACAUCCUAUCCAGAUUAGACUUUAAUGAUAACCAAUUCACAUAAUACCUAACUUUUACAAAAAAAUGAAUACUCUAAUGGUGGCACCUAGAGAAAGAAAGGAUGUGACCUCAAGUUCUUGGUGUCACCGUCAUUCUUCUUAAAUUCCUCCCAUCUCCUUUGUGCGCUCACAUAUGGUCCAGAGUACGAAAUGGAGGUCAAUGGAGGAUCUUUUAAAAUCUUCUGCAGAUCUUCCCAUACAUGCACAAGGAUUACAUUCUCAAGGAGCCAAAACUUGACAAAAGGUGGAGCUACCACUUUCAGGUUUUGUUAUAUUUCACAAUUGCCGUUAUCGACGGCUCUGGGAAUAAGGCUUUAUUUUAGUCCUCAUGAGAGAUGUGUGGAGGCUAUUGCAGGAGCCUCCAUAUACAUCAGGGUUGUACUACCAUGCAUGGGUGAGAGAACAGCACUGUCAUGGACUCCUGGCAGAUAAAGCACCCGGAACUGAAGAUGGUGGUGGGAGACAGUUUUGGGUAAGUAUAACCCACUUCUGUUGCAAUCCCAGGCCACCGCACAAGGGGUGAUGUCAUUAUAAGGGAGGGUUCUUUGCAAAAUAUGCAAAGAAACCAGAAGGUGACACAGAGCCACUUGAAUUAGUGCAGCAUCUUUCAUUUCACAGUAAUAUUGAAAAUAUUAAUUAUUACAUUUUUUUUAUUUAUUUUUUGGUCUGUUGCUUUACAGAAUUGUUUUUUAGAAAAUUGAUUUCAGAGGUAUUUGUUGUUGGGGUGUGUGUGUGUAUAUAUAUAUAUAUAUAUAUAUAUAUAAUAUUUUUUAUUUUUUUCUAAAACCUUACUUUAUUGAAGUUUAUUGAAGCCGUUUGAAACUGAUACAAACUAUCUCUCGGGAUGUUAUUACACUGCUAUUGUUAUGUAGAUGUUUGAUUAUGGUAAAUAGCUUCAAUUAAGCAAGGGAUCUUAUGUGUCAGAAAAACGUGAUACAGAAGAAGUCUGAACUAGUGUUUUCUGACAAAUAAAUCAUUAUUUAGUGGAGCUAAAUGUAAACCUCCUGCAUCAUUCAAAAUUAAAAUAAAAAGUUGACCUUUAAGUCUUUUCUUUGCAGUCUCGCUUUGGACCGUCUGCUUUAAAGCCAUCAAACGGGAAGAACUUCACAUCUAUGCAAAGCUUGUGUUCAUCUGGUGGCCACAAAUUAUCCAAAAGUAACGGCAGUCUGAACACUCUUGGUAGUGUGAGCACCCCACCUCGCCAUGGGCCUUUAAAGACAAACAAUCACUAUAUAAAUUACCAUGAAAAAGAACACGAGGAAGAGGAGCAUGAUAGCCUGUCUGACUCAAGACAAAACUCCAUCAACAGCUUUAACACAUACAGUCCUGCAUUCACUGUAGCUAGAGGUCAGAUAAGUGCUUCAAUGGGGCACAUCAACCACAUAGGAGGAUCCUUGGACAGAGCUUCGCGAGUGGCUAGAGAUAUGACAUCUGGUGAGAAGACCACGUUGUCAUGCAAGAGCAUGGCCACUCUAAGCAGACUACAGUGUUCAGGAGAGCCCCCACCACCCUACGAGUAUUCUCUGUCUGUUGAGGAUGUGACUCGACAACUGGAGGAGAAACUACAUGAGAAAGGAGUAGAAUUGAGGCAGUUGAGGAGAAACCCAAGUGACAAUGAUGACCCCUUUGCCCAGGUGAGUGCACACAUAGAUCUAUGAUCCCAUACCCCCCUCCCCUCUUCCCCAUUUGUCUUAAAAAUCGCUAGUGUUUUUACUUACUUUUUCCAACUGCAAGACUCACCUCUCUGCCUCCUGAGAUGUCAUUGAGGAGGCGUCUCUUCCUCCAUCUGUGGUCCAAUCCAAUGUUGCUCCUAGACAGCAAUGGGGACCUAAUGCGCAUGUGUGACGAACGCCUCAUGCAUUCAAUGCUUCUCAUAGGAAUUCAGUGCUUUCCUAUGAGCUGCUGCAUCACGUGACUGAAUUUUACUUGGUCAGUGUAGCAAAAGCACUUCUAUAGUUUUGUUUUAAACAUUGGAAUUUCUACAAAGCAACCAUAUUUUACAUUGCAAGAUUAAAAUGACAGGACCACUACAUAGAGAUUAAGUGGUCCUUAUGCAUGUAGUGAUCCAUUAAAAUAACCAAUAUGGAUACACUACAGUAUUUUAGUAUAUUUGUAAGCAUACACUCUCGGCCCCUAUGUGCAGACUGGAAAAAAACUUUUAUUUGAUCUUUUUCUGUGUUUGGGCUUAAUAAACAUGUCAUUUGACUUACUUUGAUCUCUCCCACACAAACUAAUAUAUAACAAUGCGCUAGGGUUUAUUUCACAGUUUGAAAAUACGAUGGAGCAGAAAACCUGUUUUGGGGUUUGUUUGUUUAUUUCCUUAAAGGAAUAUAGAAGUAAAUUACAAUUGGCAUCACUACUGAGGUAAUCUUGAUGUCUGUGCAGUAUUUCACAUCAAAACUAUGCCAGAACAUCUACCUCACUUAGUGCCACUUCUAGACUCUGUUAUGACACCCUCAACAGAUUCCAGCCAUAACUAGUUCUACAGUUAAAGGACCACUCUAGGCACCCAGACCACUUCAGCUUAAUGAAGUGGUCUGGGUGCCAGGUCCAGCUAGGGUUAACCCAUUUUUUCAUAAACAUAGCAGUUUCAGGGAAACUGCUAUGUUUAUGAAUGGGUUAAGCCUUCCCCUAUUUCUUCUAGUGGCUGUCUCAUGGACAGCCACUAGAGGCGCUUGCGUGCUUCUCACUGUGAUUUUCACAGUGAGAGCACGCCAGCGUCCAUAGGAAAGCAUUAUGAAUGCUUUCCUAUGUGACCGGCUGAAUGUGCGCGCAGCUCUUGCCGCGCGUGCGCAUCCAGCCGACGGGGCGGAACGGAGGAGGAGAGCUCUCCGCCCAGUGCUGGAAAAAGGUAAGUUUUUACCCCUUUCCCCCUUCCAGAGCCGGGCGGGAGUGGGACCCUGAGGGUGGGGGCACCCUCAGGGCACUAUAGUGCCAGGAAAAUGAGUAUGUUUUCCUGGCACUAUAGUGGUCCUUUAAAUUAAGCUGCAAUCACAAAAUAGACAAUCCAUCAAACGAGGUAGACGCAGUACUCACCAGUGACUGUGGAACCUUUGUACUUCAGAUCUCCUAGAAGCUGUUAUAGUGACAACUUCAAAUGAAAAUGUUUUACUUUUAUACAAAUUUAUAAAAAUGUUCUACUAUACUACUGCGAAUAAGUAUUGUUAUAUCAUUAAAGUAAUAUUCAAAGCACCAUGACCAUUAGAGCUUACUGUAAUGGUUAUGGUGUAAGGAAGCUACUAUGGCUGUGGUUCGUCCAAUUUUUGUCAAAGAACUUUUAGUGGUUUAACAAAAAUAAAACUAAUUGGUUUGUAGCACCCUCACCAGAUUUGCAUAAACUCCAUAACCCCAAGUUUGGGAUUGGAAGGGUAAUAUAUUUUUUUAAGACCUUCAAGGCUUUUAUGAUACGGUUGAGGAACAGUGCUUUAGUGUAAGAGGGAGGGGGGUAUCCUGCCUUCAUAUUUGGUAACGAUAGAUGUAUUGAGUCAUUUCUGGCGUCUCGGCCCCAGGACCUGCUGGAGCUUAUAACAGACUCCUUAUGAAAUAAUAUAAGGUAUCUAUGGUCUUGGGGACUAUAAGAGAUUUAUGGGUGAUUUCUAAUAGCUUAGUUCAUUAUUUUUCUUUUAAAGUAAUGAUCAUCUGGGAUUGCAAAUAUUGGAUAAAUGCUGGGAGCAAAUUGUGACAACACUUAGCAGGCAUUGCAUCCUACGGCCAAAGGUACUCCAAUUCCAUGAGCUGUUUGGAUAGAUUAUGGAGCAGAGUGCUAGAGUAACUGUAAAUUUAGUAAUUUAUCCAUAGGGUAGCUAUGCCUACAGGUUUGUUUUUGUUUUACCUGGCUUCAGACAAAGUAUUUGUAUAGAUGUUCUGCCUGUUCAUAUACUGCUACAUUUUGCAUGCAUACAUUAUUAUACUUGCUCAGUCUUUGAUUUACAAUGACCUGGAGCCGGUGUGUUGUGUAAAUGGAUAAGGCAGUAUGUUUUUUUUGUGUGUGUGCGUGUGUGGGUUUUUUUCUCCCCCCAUUGUUUCUCUGUAGCAGGCCUGUCCAACCUGCGGCAACAGAAUUAUGGGAGUUGUAGUUCAGCAACAUCUGGGGGGCCGCAGGUUAAACAGUCUUGUUCUAUAAGAUGGGCUAAACUGAUUAAAAUAUAUAAUCUGCUUCUAAAAUGUUUGAUCCACAUUCUCAAAUUAGACCUGUGAUUCUGCUUGACACCCAGCUCCAGUUUGUAUGUAUCUCCUUAUUGCCCUAGCACAUUAUAGGUUUCUUGUUUUAUAUCAUUUUUCUGUUUCAGCAUAGUUCAUAGUCAUUUUGUGGGUGUAUGCCAUUUUAUUUUUCCCUCUUGCAGUGAUCAAUACCCAUUUAGCUAUUAUUGACACAGAAUAUUGACUGAAAAUCUCUUGCCAUCCUUCUGCUGAAUGUGUACCCUCUGUUCGGACAGGCAUUGUGUUUCUCCUGGCUCACCUUCUUCACUCCCAACAGGUGUUUGAGGACAAGCGACGGCUUUGGAUGGAGGAGCUGGAUGAAUUGAAGCAGAUGUACAUGUCUAAGUUGCAUCAGAUCUCCCAGCAGGCCCUGCGCAGCCAGCGAGCACUACAGUUGCAGCUGUACAAAGUCCAACAGGAGAAGAAACGUCUUCAAGAGGAACUGAAUUCACUGAGAGGGGAGUGCGAGGACCUGCGACAAAAACAGUCGCAACCAGAAAAUCUCAGCCCUAAGCUGGAGGAAUCCAAGUGGGAGGUAUGCAUCUCUAGGACAUAUUAAAAUACAAGGGAUCGAGUUAGAAGUGUGUACAUGCAUAGGUAUUCUAAUAUAGCCAGGAAGGAUCUUUCAUUUUAGAUGUCUCUUCAUUUAGAGUUAGAGAAUCGCAUGGAGGUUUUUGUUUUUAAAUACAUUAUUAAAGGGGCACUUCAGGCAUCUGAGUGAGUAAACUGCUAUAAGGUACAUGAGUAUUUUGCCUGGAUUUAUUUGUGUGAAGGGGAGUUACAAAGUAUUCGUUGAUACAAUACAUUCGAAAAUUCUAUCACUGAGAGCAUUAGAAGGAAUGGGAUUGGUUGAUCUAUCCCUGCUUCCAAGCACCAUCGCAAAAAUGUAUGUCAAAUGGUACACUGCUCCCAUCUUCUUGAACAAAGUUACGUACAACUGCAACAAUUUGCAAGAAUCACUGCAGCAGUAAGACUGUGUCUCUUUUCUCCCAUACGUCAGAGGAGGACAUUAUACCGCUGACUGUAUUAAUAUUUGCUUGCAGAUCCAGCACAGAGGCUUCUCAAUGAGAAGUUUCAAUUUGGUGUAUUCCCCAGCACAAACUGAAAUUGUGUCUGGAGACAAAUGAGAGGGCUGGCAAAGGCUACAGACAGCAGGUGUGCAGCUUUUGCAAACUGUUUUUUUUUGGGGGGGGGGGUUUCAUAUAACCGCACCAAAAAAAAAAAAAAUCAAACAAGCAGAAACAAAAUACAUGCAUCUUAUCUUUGGAAAUAUAUCUACGAAAUUGUUAAAAAUAUAAAAAAAAGUCACUUUUAAAGGUACACUUUUGCAUAUUUUUUAUUCAUAUAUUUUGCAUUACAUUUAGGGUUUGUGUGCAGGGGUUGUUUUACAUGUUGUUGUUUUUUCUUACAUUAAUCUUUAAUUUAAUCUUUUUUUUUUCUUUUGUUUGUAGUAAAUUGACCUCGGAGUGAGCAAUGUAAAUCUAUAUUUAGGUGUAAAAAAACCAUAUCUAAACUCCCAGGAAAAUCUAUUUUAAAGUGCAUUCUAUCAAAUUGUGUCCCAGAAUGGAUGUGAUAAAGGAAAAAUGUGUGAGUUUAGGAUUGUACAGUUUAGAGUAAAAUGCCAAAAUGCUCUCUGCGUAUGUUAUGGUACGAGGAGGUCCUCUUUUCCGGUCACCUUGGACCUACUUGCUUAUAACAGUGUUGAUUUGCAAAAUAUUACUUGUGUCAGCACACCCACUCACUGAGAGAAGUCCUAGGAUGAAGUCCAUGCUUCCUCUCUGCCAGUCCAAGUGUGUCUAUGGCUGGUCCAUGCUGUGCAAAUCCUCACAUAUGUUCCUGCACUGUAAGAUGGUAGCGUCUGGAUUUAGUCCUGUACUUUUUUAUCUGAAGUUAUGGGAAAAAGCAGAAAUUGGCCUAAUCUGCAUUUCUGACAUGGAUAGCAAAUGCCCCCUGAAAAUAACAUUUCACACUGUUUUUAAUAAUGGAUUGUGUAAACUCCUAAAAUCCAUGUGUUGUAUACCUGUUGCUAAGCCCUGUUUUUUUCUUCUGCAGAUCUCUCAGAAAGCUGGUGAGAUUUCUCUCCUCAAGCAACAACUCCGAGAUUCUCAAGCAGAAAUUAGCCAAAAGCUAGGGGAAGUUUUCUCCUUGAAAAAUCAGCUUAGAGAUGCAAAGGACUUUGCGAAAGAGAAAGAGAGGGAGACUGCGGAGCUCACCGCUAGAGUCCGUGCUUUAGAGACGCAAGGUACCAAUCUGUGCUCUGAAUCUGGCUUAAACUCAAAAGACAACACAGAGGAUGUAGAAAGGCUGAAGGCCGAAUUGAUGUUGGAGAGGCGUCAGAAUGAAUCACAAAUCCUGAACUUUGAGACUGAGAAAAAAGUUUGGAAAGAGGAAAAGGACAAAGUACUGAGGUACCAAAAGGAGAUACAGGUUAGUUACCUUGAAAUGUAUCGUCGCAAUCAGGCCCUUGAGAAGCAAGUUCAAGAGAUGAAGCCAAUUCUAGAACAGUCACAGAGCACACCUUCAAUCUGGAUGGAUGCUAUUGAAUCUUUUGAGACGACUUGA